AUGGCAACCGCGGACCGCCGGCCGUCGCGGACGAUGCAGCGGAGCUUCCGGAGCGAGCGGCAGCGGACAACGGAGCCGCCGAGCUUUAGCCAGAAGUUCUGCGGCAGCGGCCACUGGGACUUUUUCCACGGUAUUCCCAAGGGCUUUAGCCUCCGGACGCGCGUGCGCAUCAAGCUCGAAAACUCGCCUGUCGGACAAGCGUGGGAUCUCUUCCAGACCAUCACGUCGCUCGUGGCGUGCGGGCUCUACAUCGUCCAGAGCUACAACGACCAAGUUCGGUCGUCGGCGCUCGACAUGACGUUCAUCGCCGUGUUUGCCGCCGACUACCUCAUCCGCUUCUACUGCGCCGAGGACCGCGUCCUCUUCCCAUUCACGUUCAAUGCCAUCAUCGACGUGCUCGCCAUCAUUCCGUCGCUCUACGACUUUACGACGACCUCGUUGGCCUCGCCGCGCACCCACGCGCAGCCCACGUUUGCGUUCUUCCGCUUUGUGCGCGUGCUGCGGGUCAUGAAAGCGAUCCAGUUGUCGCGGACGAGCUCCCACCGCCGUAUUUCCGCGGUGCAGAAACAGCUCGCGGGCUUGGCCCUCCUGGUCACGAGCAUCCUCUUCAUUUCGGCGUGUUUGUUCCAAACCGUCGAAAACUACGCGCGAGACAUGGACGACGAGCAGCUCUCGCUCGGUGACGCGUUCUACUUUAUCCUCGUCACCAUCUCGACCGUGGGCUACGGCGACAUUGCGCCGCACACGACGUACGGCAAGCUCGUGGCAUGCAGCGUCAUUGUAGCCUCACUCAUCCUCGUGCCCCAAGAAGUCAACAACCUCCUCUCGCUGCUCGCGAUGCAGUCGCCGUUCCGGAAGACGUACGUACCAGAGCUCAACAACCCACACGUGCUCGUUCUCGGGCACACGGCCAACGCGACAGUUCUCACCGAGUUUUUCACCGAGUUUUACCACCCAGACCGCAUCGUGAGCAGCGCGACGGGCGAAGCGGCUGUCAACCGCAUCCCGUGCGUCAUCAUGGCGCCGUUUGAGCCCCGCGAAGAUGUUCGCGCCCUCCUCGUCCACCCGCUCUUUAUGGGCAAGGUGUUUUACGUCAAAGGCUCCAUCUUGAGCGAAGAAGACCUUCACCGCGUCGCUGUCGACAAGGCGCAGGCGGCCUUCAUUUUGACCGACAAGAACGCGGCCGACCCUGUCUCCGAGGACGCCAACGCGGUGCUUCGGUCCCUCGUGCUUGAAAACUGCAGCCCAGCGUUGCAGACGUUCAUUCAAAUCAUUAGCCCGUCGUACGCUGACUUUACCACCCACAACGAACUGCACCACAUUUUGUGCAUCGACCAGCACAAACUCAGUCUCUUGGCCAAGAGUUGUCUCUGUCCCGGUCUCUCGACGCUGGUCUGCAACCUCUUCCGGUCCGCCAUCUUGCCCGAGGGUCAGUCGGCGGUCGAGUGGCGCCGCGAGUACCUCCUUGGCACGUCCCUCGAGAUCUAUACAACGGCCGUGCCUGAGUACCUCGUCAACCUCAGCUUCACGAAAGCGGCCGACGUUCUUUACGACAUCUUCGACGGCGAAGUCGUCCUUGUCGGCGUCCACGAAGACGUAUUACCAGAGACAUCGUCGUUCCAGCCAGCGGCUGCCACGUAUUUAAGUCCUGCGCCGGCGUCGCUUCUUCAUGCAAUCGCGGACCUCGGGACCGAGCUGCUAAAAGAAGAAAUUUUAAAGCCACUGCGGCCGUCAGUGGUGACGCCAUCGGGAAAACAGCCGUCGAUGUCGCCCAUUCAAAACACGUAUGUCAACCCUGGCAGCCACUACAUUCUGAAGCGCCCCAUGACGCUGUACGUGCUCUGCGAAAGCAAGAACGUGGCAGAGCUUGUGAGUCGCUCCGAAUGCUACGAGGCGUGGGUUGCCAAAGGCCACUCGAUCGACCGCAAGCUUCAAACGACUGCCCACAAUUCGAUCAAGCACACGCAGCACCACAAGGCGCCACACGAGCUUCUUCAGGCAAAUGCCCGACUCGUUUCGACGCGGAAGCCGGUCCAGCGGUCGCUAGAGGACGUGCGCAUCGGCCCGAUUGGGUCUGAGAACCCUUUGGACGACAGCAUGCAGAUUCGCAACCACAUUCUCGUUGUCUCCGACUUGAUGCAAGUCCCGAUCGAGACGUUCAUCAAGCCACUACGGCUCGCCCACUAUACGGUUGGCUCCAAGUACUACCACCCGAUCGUCUUCAUGUCGACGUCGGAGCAAGGCAUCAUGGACGCGUUCCGUGUCGCGCGGCACUACGAAGGCGUCUACUUGCUCCACGCCGCGGACGACUCGAAGGAGUCGUUUUUUGAGGCUGGCAUCACCAAGGCAAAAUGCUGCGUCCUGCUCGCCGAGAAGGCCGGUCAGCGUGUCAUGGACGGCGAGAACCUCGACAGCCGCGUCAUCUUUCGGUACCUCACCGUGCAAAAGAUUGUCGAGAACUACGGUGCCGUCAUGCGCGCGGACUUUACCGUUCUUGUUGAAAUGGUCGCCGCAAGCACGAUGAAAGUGAUGGACUCGACGCUCGGGAAGAGACUGCGAGCGACGGCUAGCGCGCCACGGCGAUCAUCCGUGGGGCCAUACACCCUCAUCAAAGACACCACCCAUCGUCGACCGGCAUCGCUCAUGGAGCGCUGCAGCAGCGUUGUGCUAUCCCUUCAGGAACACUCCAAAGCGCGCGCCGAGCGCCAACGCAACCUGCAGACGAUCCGGCGCAAGCACAAGGGACCAGCGUUCGGGUCCUCGCACCACGCGAUAUUGGCAUUCUACGCGGCCGGCUACGGUGUUUCGACCGACGUCUUCGACAGCUUGCUCUGCCAGAGCUUCUUUACGCCCGAGCUCAUCCGUUUCACGCAGGAGCUGCUGUGCAUGGACCAGCGCUACGUCGGCGACGACGACGGGCACAUCGUCGUCUCAAGCUCGCUCAACCAGAUUUCGCUGCCAUCGACCUUUGCAGGCAAGACAUUCGGAGACCUAUUUGGCUAUCUCCUAGCGUUCGAAAGCGUCGUCGCGAUUGGUCUGUACCGCGACACGGACAGCGCGUCAUCGCUGCCGUACGUGUACACACCCCACACGCAGAUUGCGCUGGAGAGUGCGAGCAUUGAGGCGGACCACGACCAAGUCGCGAGCCGCAUCACCAAGGUUCAGUACACGAAAUCAUCUAUCUCGGCCACGCUCAACAAGAUCAAGGACGACAAGUUCCGGAAAGAGCAUACAUAG